AACAUUAGUGACGUACAGGUUUUGCGGCUGAACACACACCAGUUUUCGGGGACUAGUAGUAUUUGUGUAUACUGAGGUUACGAGGAGUAUAUAUCGCUCGAGCAAUCAUGAGGGGCGCUGGCCUGCUGAUCGGUCUUCUUGGUAUCUGUGGUGCUACAGUGCUGACAGCCAACGAUGAUAUUCAUAAACGGUCUAAGCGGAGUUCGGAGUCUGAGAUGACCAGGAUCCGUAACAUGUCUCCGUCGGACAGACCGAACUGUAAACCUGGAGUGACGCCACCCGCCAUUCAGGUUGAUACUUCCGAACGACUAUCUGAUCUUCGCAACCGUUUUACCACAGCUGGUAUCCAUGGCUACCUUGUGCCCUCAGAGGACGCUCAUCAGAGCGAAUACCCCUCGAACUAUGACCUUCGACGAGAGUUCAUUUCUGGCAUGUCUGGAUCCGCUGGCCGGGCUGUGAUCCUACAAAACAAGGCCGCUCUUUGGACGGACGGACGUUACUUCCUACAAGCGGAGGACGAGCUGGACUGUAAUUGGAUAUUAAUGAGACAAGGAGAGGUCGGUGUCCCUUCCGUAACGGAAUGGGUGGAAGCAAAUCUGCUGAGCGGCCAGAAGUUUGGUGCCAACACGUAUCUCAUUAAAAAUAUUGAGUGGACCGAGAUGUCCGAAGCACUUGGCAAAAAAGGUGUAACACUAGAGGGAGUCAACCCGGACCUCAUAGACCAGAUCUGGACUACUGGGCGGCCCGAACAACCAAACACGCCCAUCAACGCCUUACCUCUCAAGUACGCUGGGAAAUCUUGGCAAGAUAAAAUCAACAGCAUGCAUGUAGCUAUGGCAGAAAAGGACGCCGAUGUCAUGAUCAUUUCUGGAUUGGACGAAACUGCAUGGUUGUUUAACCUCCGAGCCUCCGACAUUGACUACAAUCCGUUCUUUCUAUCGUACGCCAUUGUGAACAGAGCCGCCAAUGUGACCAUACUAUAUAUAAGAAAUGCUGCAAACAAGUUGGUAGCCACACCCACAGACGCCGCAACAGCUGACACAUUGCAAGUUCAUCUUAACACUGGCUCAAGCGGGACGUGUAACGGACGUUUGGGGAUGUGUGUUGCUGUAAAAGAAUACAGCAACCUACAGCUAGAAAGUGACAUCUCUUUGGCCCUGUCAACAACAACUGGAUAUGUAUGGGUGUCGUUUGGUUGUAGCCGGGCAGUUUACAGCCGUAUAACAGCAGAGAGGGUUAUUCAAGAGAACACACCGGCAGCUCUGCAGAAGGCACAGAAAAAUACGGUUGAACAGCAAUGCAUGCGCAACUCACAUAUCAGAGAUGCAGUUGCCCUCAUCAAAUUUUUAGCGAAACUGGAGAAAGAAGUGAAAGAGGGUAAGCGCUGGACAGAAGUGGGAGCCGCCGCAAACCUCAAACAACACAGACUGGCUGUUAAGGACAAUCGUGGCCUCAGUUUCCCAACCAUAGCAGGCUCUGGGUCAAACGGUGCAGUAAUACAUUACUUCCCCACCAAUGACACUGACAAAGAUAUAACAACCUCAGACAUGUUCCUCCUCGACUCCGGCGGUCAGUACCUGGAUGGUACUACCGAUGUUACGAGAACAUUUCAUUUUGGUACGCCUACAGCAUUCGAAAAGGAAUGUUACACACGGGUCCUUAUGGGUCAUGUUGAUUUUGCCGAUCUCGUCAUAGUCGGGGGAAAGUUUGGCCGUGAAAUAGACACCAUAGCGAGGCGCCCUCUCUGGGAUGUUGGCCUGCAGUACCGACAUGGUACCGGACAUGGAAUAGGAAUGUACCUGAGUGUACACGAGGGGCCUGGAAGGAUAUCUCUAUCUCACUCUAGUUUUAUCCACGAUGAGCCCCUGGAUGAAUUCCAGUUUUUCUCCGACGAGCCAGGGUAUUAUGAGGAUGGCAAGUUCGGAAUUCGUCUGGAAAACAUUGUCAUGGUUAAAAAAGCGACAACGAAGUAUCAGUUUCCUGGCACUACCUUCCUAACGUUUGAAACUGUAACUAUGGUACCAUACGAGCCACAUCUUAUUGUCAAAGAGCUGUUGAGUCAGAGAGAGGUCGACUGGAUCAACGCCUACCAUAGGACUGUCCAGAACACUAUUGGGCCGCUCUUGACCAAUGAUCCUCUGGCUGCUUCCUGGCUCUCUGCGAGGACAGCACCAAUAAGUCGAGAAAACGAGACCGGAAGUGGAAAUCAGUUGACUGCCUUCCUGAGUCUGGUCGUUGUAGCACUUGUCGCUCACUUUACAUUAUAAGUUAUUCAAUUAAAUUUCUUAUUCAUGGAAAAUCAAAUUUCAGAUUUAGCUAUAUUAAUAAAAUUUCACUAAUAACAGUCCUGCUAACAGUAUCAAAGAAAUCGUAUAUUAUCAUGCUACAGUACAUAUGUUUUUGGAGGAAUAUAUCUUGCUGUUUGUUUUAUGGCGUGUUCGUUCAUAAACAUCUAGCAUAAAUAAUAAUGGUAUCUACUGUAUGAAACACAUAUCUACAUAAGGUAUUUAUCCUAGUUUGUAUCUUGUCAUAAGCUGUAUAGCUCAAUGUAUUGACAUAUCAGCCAAAGUUAUGUAUCAUAAUAUACACAGUAUAUACUAUGAAUUCCUAUUUGUAUUCUUUAAUAUCACCCACUUUUACCCUGUUAACAAUUCAGUCUUCAGGUAGAAUAUAUGUAUGUUCUCUCUCCACUACAUCACGUGCAUCGUAGUAUGUGUUAUACUGGUAUUCACUCUCAUUAUUUUGGGGACAAUUUUGGCUAAAAUCUCCUGGUGUACAGUAUCAAUGAUAAAGAAAACGUCUUUAUGUAUUAUUAUGUAAUCAGUGACUCAAACUCAAAGAAUUGUUUUUGGGCUCUACCAAUACCCAAUGUGCCAUGUCUUGUGUAUGUAAUAUACCUUACCCUUAUCAUUGUCAAAAUAUCAAAAUGGAAAAAAAAGAAAAGAAAAAAAUCUGCUCUUAAUACUACAUUAUCUACAUAUGCUAAUGGAGUUUUUGUUUUAAUGUUUUUACCAGUACUUAGAAUUAUGUAUUUGAAGUUGUAUGAUAUAUGCAAAUGGUGUUUUAAUAAUGUAUAUAAAUCCCUGUAUUUGUUUUUUAUAUACCUCCCAUGAUGAAAAAUGAGUGCUUGUUGUGUGAGAAACCGUGCUUAUUAAAUAGUUAGUUGAUGAUUAAAUAUAUACUCUAAUCCAAUUUUCAAUUCUUUAGCUGCAUGAAAAAAGUCCGAAAUUAUCCACUCUCCUUGUAUUAUUUUGUUCUAAUAAAAAUUUGUUUCUUUAAUUAUGCUGAAAAGAGGGAUAUAAUUUUAUUGGGGAUUUUAAUUUUGCUGAUCCAAAUGCAAAUGAAAUAUUUCAAUAUUAUGAUGUUCGUCUGUCUUUUUCUUGAAUGUAUGAACUCUGAGAGUUCAUAUAAGUUGAUUAUACAUACCUCACGUUAACAACACUAUACAUUUAUAACAAAAACAAAUUCACGGAAAUAUGCAGUUACUCCAAAACCUGUAACGAAACUUGUUUCCCAAGUAAUUAUCACGAAAAAUACUUAAGUAUGGAGACUUUUCAUGCAUAUUUGAAAUACCUGUUAUUUCAAAACAAAGUUAUUUCCAUUUAUCCUCUUGUCGGUCCGGGCGGAAGCGUGGGAGGAUUCUGACUGCGCUUGACCACGGGGUAGAACAUAUGACCCUAUAUAUAUUUUACGUCCGAUCGGGGAAUCGAACUCCGGUCGGUUAGAGCUGGCCCACACAACGCAUCGUAGAAAAAGGAUCUAUUGAAGACUCCCCAAAAAUAUGUUGCUUGAUAAUGUAUGUAUAUAAUUCUAUUUAGAGUCAUUCAGUGUGAAAGUGACCAUUCUAGGCUUGGUAUUUCUAUUCGAAAUGAAAUGAGCUAACCUUAUGGAACCAAAUAUUAAAAUCUGUUGAUCUCUUCAAUUUCGGACGAAUGUGCUAUCACAUGCAUGUACACUUAAGUGUAGUCAAAUUGAUAACUAUUGAGCUAACAACAAAACUAAAUAGUUUGGUACACAAAAAUAUGUCGUAGUAUAAGGAUAUAAGCGUGUAUAAAGCUAUUAAUAAAUGUGAAAAGUGGAUGUGAAAUGAAUGCCUUAAAUAGCUGUAAAAUAUUGUGAAACAGAAGCAAGUAAGCUAACCAGAAUAUGUGCAUUCUUCUAAAGUUAUUUAUGAAAAAAAUUGCUAUCAUUUUCUUUUUGAUUAAAGUGUGUUGCUGACCAAAUAACUAAAAGAAUAUUUAAAUUAUUGGAAUAUAAAUAAGCUCCUAAUUCAGGAGAUAUUAUUAAUAACAUAAAUCUUUCAUGAGAUUGGAUUUGAUACAUUAUUUAUCAAAUUUAUAGCCCAAUACAUUGGUCAAAGCGAUAGGAGCUAACAUAUCUAUAGCUAGCUUACGUAUGCUGUUCUAUAUAUAUAUUAUGCACAUUACGUAAUUACCACAUGCAUAAUAGCGUUGAGAGGAAUAAUACUAUGAUGACAUAAGAAUACCGUGAAUGUCAUUAAUAUAAAUUAAUAAUAAGUUGAUAAGAUAAUAAAGACUGAUUACGACAUGCA